AUGCCACCCAUAAACAGCGACAUUGACAUUGACAUCGACAUCCCCCGCGACGCUCGCCGCGUCUUCUUGACCCUGCAGAACGGCGGCAUCGCCAUUAUCCCUGCCAGCGUUGGCUACGGCCUUGUAGCCACCACCCCCUCUGCCCUCGACCGCCUCUUCACCACCAAACGCCGCAAGCCCCACAAGAAACAUGCCAUGCUCGGCUCCGACGCCCUCCAGCAGAGCAUCCAUAUCCUUCCUCCCCGAGAAGCAUCCAUCCUUCGCACAUUGACCGUCGAUCUUGACCUGCCUGUUGGCGUCGUUGCUCCUUUCCGCCAUGAUAAUCCGCUCAUCCAGACCCUUGGGUCUGAUUUUCUGGAGCGAUGUACCGUCGACGGGACCAUAUCUAUGCUUGUAAAUGGGGGGCCGUUUCAGGAGGAGUUGGUACGGCUUUGUACUGAUGCUGGGGUGCCGCUGCUUGGAUCGUCUGCGAAUCUUACCGGGACGGGAACGAAGGUGCUGGUUGAGGAUAUUGAGAGUGAGAUUAAAGCGGCGGCUGAUAUUAUUAUUGAUUACGGACGGCGGACUUUUAGCAAUCCACGGGCGUCGUCGACUAUCAUCAAUUUCCGGGAUAUGAAGCUCGUGAGGUACGGUGCUUGCUAUGAUACUAUUCGCGAUGUCCUGCGGAGGUUCUAUGGGAUUGAGUUUCCUGUGGACCCGGGAAAGAAUGAGCUUUUCUCGGGACAUGUGGAUGCUCAGGCGAAUGUUUAUUGA